UAUAUGUCACACACUUCUGUGAAGCAAAGUUAACCUAAGAUAAACUUAGCUAGUCGCUAGCAUAUGCUUCGAAUAUAUUAGUACUAUUGACUUAAAACUAUCUAGUAUUAUUUUUCAUUCCUUUUGUAUUUGUAAAGUAGAAAUGGGAGAUACAGAUAAAUUAGCAACAAAAAUGGAAAACGUGGAAAUAAGCAAGCAAGAUAAAGGCGAAAAGGCUAAAUUGAAGAAGGACAAGAAAUCUGCUGGGGGUGGUGAUAAAACAACUCUUAAGGAGUUGAAUCCUCUACCUGAUUAUAUUAACGAUAGAUUAAAAUUGUGGGAUAAGCUUAAAAGUAAAUACACAGAGGAAUUGGCUAGUAAGCCACAUAAUCCUAUAAAAAUUACAUUACCAGAUGGGAAAGUUGUUGAUGGGAUAUCCUGGCAAACAACUGCUUAUGAUGUUGCUAAAGGGAUAAGCCAAGGUUUAGCAGAUAAUGCUGUAAUUUCCAAAGUAAAUGGUGUUCUUUGGGACUUAGACAGACCUUUAGAGAACAACUGCAAUUUAGAACUACUGAAAUUUGAUAAUCCUGAAGCACAAGCGGUGUUUUGGCAUUCUUCUGCACAUAUUUUAGGUGAAGCUCUUGAACGAAUAUAUGGGGGUUGUCUUUGUUAUGGCCCACCUAUAGAAAAUGGUUUUUACUAUGAUAUGCAUUUGGAUAACAAAAGUGUCACUGCAGGCGAUUUUCCAGCUGUUGAAGGUCUCAUGAAAAAUAUUGUUAAAGAAAAGCAACCUUUUGAAAGGUUAGAAAUGACCAAGGAGGAUCUUCUGGAGAUGUUCAAAUACAACCAAUUCAAAGUGAGAAUUCUCAAUGAGAAAGUGGACACUCCAACAACAACUGUUUAUAGGUGUGGUCCACUUAUUGAUCUCUGCAGAGGACCCCAUGUAAGACACACUGGAAAAAUUAAGGCUCUCAAAGUGACCAAGAAUUCAUCUACUUAUUGGGAAGGCAAAGCAGAUGCUGAAACUCUACAAAGAGUUUAUGGAAUAAGCUUCCCAGAUCCUAAGCAACUAAAAGAGUGGGAAAAACUGAUGGAGGAAGCUGCAAAACGGGAUCAUAGGAAACUUGGAAGGGAGCAGGAAUUAUUCUUCUUCCAUGAGUUGUCACCAGGUUCUUGCUUCUUCCAACCUAAAGGUGCUCAUAUCUAUAACACCCUUAUAAAUUUCAUCAAAAAAGAAUACAGGAAGAGAGGUUUUCAAGAAGUUGUGACCCCAAAUAUAUUCAAUGCAAAGUUGUGGCAAACUUCUGGCCAUUGGGCUCAUUAUGCCGAAAACAUGUUCCAAUUUGAUGUUGACAAGGAUACUUUUGCCUUGAAACCUAUGAACUGUCCCUCCCACUGCUUAAUUUUCGACAAUCGCACCCGCUCGUGGAGAGAAUUGCCGCUUCGACUUGCAGACUUUGGAGUUCUCCAUCGUAAUGAAAUCUCCGGCGCUCUUACUGGUCUCACUAGAGUUCGUAGGUUCCAGCAAGAUGACGCUCACAUUUUUUGCACCCCAGAACAAAUCGAGGAUGAAAUAAAGAAUGCCCUAGACUUCUUGAAGCAUGUUUACUCAAUUUUCGGUUUCUCCUUCAACUUGGUACUUUCUACCAGGCCUGAGAAAUUCUUGGGAGAAAUAGAAAUGUGGAAUCAAGCUGAAAAGGCAUUAGCGGACAGCUUAGAUGCAUUUAGUUCACCAUGGACAUUGAAUCCAGGUGAUGGAGCAUUUUAUGGUCCUAAAAUCGAUAUUACUGUAACAGAUGCUUUGAAGAGGCAGCAUCAAUGUGCUACUAUUCAACUAGAUUUUCAAUUACCAAUUAGAUUCAAUCUAUCAUAUGUGAGUGAGUCUGGUGAGGCAAAACGGCCAGUUAUAAUACAUAGGGCUAUUCUUGGCUCUGUUGAAAGAAUGAUUGCGAUCCUUACCGAAUCUUAUGCAGGCAAAUGGCCAUUCUGGCUUUCACCUCGUCAAGUUAUGGUGAUACCAGUAGGACAAAAUUAUGAUGAUUAUGCAAAACAAGUCAGAGAUCAAUUGCAUGAAGCAGGAUUCAUGGUUGAAGUUGAUACUGACGCUGGUGAUACAUUGAACAAGAAAAUAAGGAAUGCUCAGUUGGCACAGUUCAACUACAUUCUGGUUGUGGGAGAAAAAGAAAGAUCCAAUGGAACAGUUAAUGUAAGAACAAGAUCUAAUGAAGUACAUGGGGAGGCUACAAUUCCAGAUUUGAUAGCUAAACUGAAAAAACUGGUUGAUCAGCCCGAGCUGAAACAAACAGAUUCAGAAUUUUAAGGUAUAUUUGAAAAAAAAAAGCAUACUUUAGCUUAACUCAAUGGUAGACUAGUUUUUACUCUAUGAAAAUUAGGGUAUUGUUAUUUAUUAUUUUCACCCUCAUUUAAAUAAAUAACUCUGAACUGUCA